UAAAAAUUAUACAAGCAGCGGCGUCCAGCUCUGGAGAAGAGGAUCGGCAGAAAUUUCGGUUUUUCCAUUCCGUGUGGCGAAAAAAACCGGUCCGGCGCCGAAACCGGAUCCAUUCAAAGGCAACUCAACCGGAUACUCUCUUUACCCUAACCGGUCCAUCCAGUUACAUCACCACGGUUCUCUUCUCUUUCAUAUAAACUCGGUUCUCUUCACGAAACCCCACCCAACCCAAGCGAAUCAAGGAACCGGUAGGUUGCAGAGUGGUUGAUGUGAAAAAUAAAUAAUGGGUUCGAAUCUGGAACUAGUGCCCAUUACAUCACAAAAACAUGAUCCUGCAUGGAGGCAUGUUCAGAUGUUUAAGAGUGGGGAAAAGGUGCAGCUGAAGUGUAUAUAUUGUCUCAAAAUGUUCAAGGGUGGUGGGAUUCAUAGGAUUAAGGAACACCUUGCUUGUCAUAAAGGCAAUGCGUCGAUGUGCAGUCAUGUUCCCAAUGAUGUUAGGGUUCAAAUGCAGGAGAGUUUGGAUGGGGUUGUGGUGAAGAAGAGGAAGAAGCAGAAAAUUGAGGAGGAGAUCAUGAGUGUUGGUGCUCUGGCUAAUAGUGCUGCCAAUACAGUUGCCAAUCUGGUGGAUGUUAAUCAGGGGGUUCAGUCUAUUGAAGUGCAGAAUCCAGUGGAACAGAAUGCGGGUCUGGUGGUGCAUCCUGAAGUGGGAAUCAGUAACAAUGUAGAAAGAAGGAAGAAAAUAAGAGCCAGCAGAAAUCCUGCACCAAUUCAUACAAACUCUGCGGGUGCUGUUGCUGCUAUUGAGAAUAAUGCCAUUUUCCCCAAAAGGAUGGACAGUCGCAUUCACAUGGCGAUAGGUCGGUUUUUGUACGAUAUUGGUGCACCUUUUGAUGCUGUGAAAUCAAUCUAUUUUCAGCAAAUGGUUGAAGCAAUUGCUUCGGCGGGCUCGGGUAUUCAGUGUCCCUCGCAUCAUGAACUUCAGGGUUGGAUCCUGAAAAACUCUAUGGAAGAAGUGAAGAAUGAUAUAGACAGAUGCAAGAUGACAUGGGGGAGGACUGGCUGUACAAUUUUGGUUGACCAAUGGACUACAGAAACUGGUAGAGUACUGAUAAGUUUUCUGGCAUAUUGUCCUGAAGGCAUAGUCUUUUUGAGAUCCUUGGAUGCAACUGAGAUUUCCACUUCCCCGGGAUUUCUCUAUGAGUUAUUAAAACAAGUAGUAGAAGAAGUUGGAGUUGGGCAAGUGGUGCAAGUGAUUACAUCAGGAGAAGAACAUUAUGCUGUUGCUGGGAAACGGCUAACUGAUACUUUUCCUUCCCUUUAUUGGAGUCCAUCUGUUGCUCAUUGCAUUGGUUUGAUACUUGAAGAUUUUGGAAAUCUUGAGUGGAUUAGUGUAGUGAUUGAACAGGCUAAAUCUGUAACAAGAUUUGUCUACAAUUAUAGUGAAAUUUUGAAUAUGGUUAAAAGGUAUACAUUAGGGAAUGAUAUCGUGGAUCCCUCUAUUUCGCGAUUUGCAACCAACUUCAGCACAUUGAAAAGAAUGGUUGAUCUUAAACACAAUUUACAGGCCAUGGUCACUUCUCAGGAGUGGAUGGAUUGCCCAUAUUCAAAGAGAACAGCAGGUUUGGAAAUGUUAGAUUGCCUAAGCAAUCAAACAUUUUGGUCAUCGUGUGACAUGAUUGUUCGUCUAACUGCUCCUCUCUUGAGAAUUCUGAGAAUAGCUACUAGUGAGAUGAGACCGGCAUUGGGAUACGUGUAUGCUGGAAUGUACCGGGCAAAAGAAGCAAUUAAGAAAGCACUUGUUAAGAGGGAGGAUUAUAUGGUGUACUGGAAUAUCAUUCAUCAUAGAUGGGAAAGGCUGUGGCAUCAUCCUCUUCAUGCUGCAGGCUUCUUCCUUAAUCCAAAGUUCUUCUAUAGUAUUCAAGGGGAUGUACAUAGUGAGAUUCUCUCAGGGAUGUUUGACUGUAUAGAGAGAUUGGUACCUGAUACAAGAGUCCAAGAUAAAAUUAUCAAAGAGGUAAACUUAUACAAGGCUGCUGCUGGAGACUUUGGGAGAAAGAUGGCAGUCAGAGCUAGGGAUAAUCUGCUUCCUUCUGAAUGGUGGUCUACAUAUGGAGGAGGCUGCCCUAACUUGUCUCGGUUAGCCAUUCGUAUUCUCAGCCAAGCAUCCAGUGUGAUGCCCUGCAAGAGAAACAAGAUUCCUUUUGAACAAUUAACCAAUACAAGGAAUUUUAUAGAGCGCCAACAUCUUACUGAUCUUGUCUUUGUUCAUUACAACUUACGAUUAAGACAAAUGUAUAUGAGUAAAGAACAGGAUUCUAAGGAUCCCCUGUCAUUUGACAGCACUAGUAACGUUGAAGACUGGAUCAGGCCAAUGGAAUUUUACUCAGAAGAGUAUGGGAACUCGGAUUGGAUGGCACUGGAUCCAUCUUCUGUUAACACAAUGCUUUUAAGGCCUUUAAAUGACGAAACUGAAGAAUUGGGUGAAGGGUUUGAUGAUCUUGAAAUUUUCAGUUAUCUGAAAGAUGAUGAGAAUGAAAGCACUGGAGACAAGUUGGUAAACCCUUAGCAAAUGGUCAAAAGAACCAUGCCUUUACAUGCCAACAACAUCCACAUGCUUAGAUUGUUUCCCAAAUGCUGACUAAUCUUGCAGAUAAUUAGAGGGAAACUUGGGAGGAGCUUGUUGCAGAGGUAGCUGGCAUGAUUUGAAAUGUUCUUGUAAAGUUACAUCAUUGUAUUUGAUAGUUUUGCAGUAUUUAUUUGCACUACUAGAGUAGAGUGUACAGCUCUUGCAGUAUUUAUUUGCACUACUAGGCCAAUUGAACCUUUAAAUUUUCAUUUUUUUGCUAAGGUAUUCAUUUUAUUACUUACACCA